AUGGCUCGGAGGAUGAGCAUCCAUGAGCUGGAGGACCAGCUACUUUGUCCCAUCUGCUUGGAGGUCUGCAAAGAGCCCCUGAUGCUGCAGUGUGGGCAUUCGUACUGCAAGUCCUGCGUGGUGUCACUCUCUGGGGAGCUGGAUGGGCAGUUCCUGUGCCCUGUGUGCCGCCAGAUGGUGGACUGCAGUGCCUCGUCACCCAACGUCACACUGGCCCGUGUCAUCGAGGCGCUGCAGAACCUGUGUGAGGCAGAGCUGAGCCCGGAGUCCUGCCCAACACACCACAACCCCCUCAGCCUCUUCUGUGAGGCUGACCAAGAGGUGAUCUGUGGGCUGUGUGGCCCCAUUGGCAACCACCGCCAGCACAAGAUCACCCCCAUCUCUACUGCAUACUGCCAGAUGAAGGUCUGCAGGCAGAGCCAGCUGCAGCUCCUGGGGUGGGGGUUAGGGCACCUGAAGAGCUUACCGGCCAAAUGUGCCCUCUCCUUCAAGAGACAGGCUGGAAAUGAUGCCAGGGCAGGGAGCACAGUCCCAUGGCACAGCCAGAUGUGGGGCAGGGUCCCUGGCCUCGGGGCAGCUGUUUCUUAG